UGGAUUGUAUACAAGGAUGUGGAUCGCGAAACAGCUAGCUACGGUAGCUAACCCGCACAGCGUUGGUUUUCGUCUUUUAUAAGGAAAAUUAGCGGUAUUUUGGGAGUACAACUGACUCAAACUUUAUACAACAACGUGUAAAAGUCUCCACUAAUAACGCUUACGUAGUGAACGGUGAAGCGAGCACGUGCAGGUUGUUAGCGAAGCUCCAGCCGAGAAGCAAACAUGUGUACCGGUUAUUCCACUCCUGUUUACUCUCACGCUGGACGAGGACGCUUCCGGGAUGUUUACGAGCCUGCGGAGGACUCUUUCCUUUUGAUAGACGCUCUGGAGAUUGAUGCACAGCGGCUGCAGCUGAUGAGCCCUUGUGUGUGUUUGGAGGUUGGCAGUGGCUCUGGAGUGGUGUCUGCAUUCCUGGCAUCAGUGGUUGGACCUUCAGCUUUAUACAUCUGCACUGAUGUGAAUCCUGCAGCAGCACAGUGCACAGAAAAGACAGCUUCCUGUAACAAUGUUUCACUGCAGCCUGUCAUCACAGACCUGGUGGAGUGUCUUCUUUCUCGACUGAGUGGAAAAGUAGAUGUCCUCCUGUUCAACCCUCCCUACGUAGUGACACCAUCGGAAGAGGUUGGCAGCAGAGGUAUCGAGGCUGCCUGGGCUGGUGGGAAGCGAGGACGAGAGGUGACGGACAGAUUUCUGCCCUUGGUACCGCAGUUGCUGUCCCCUAAAGGCUUGUUCUACCUCAUUACCGUUGCUGAGAAUGACCCAGAUGAAAUCAUCAAUUUACUGGGAAAACAUGGCUUAAAGGGAGAGUCAUGUUUGUCUACAAGAGCUGGAAAUGAGAGACUGUCUGUCCUGCGUUUCCACAGGAGCCAAACAUGAACUGCCACCAAUAAAUCGUGUGAAAGGAUUACCGGCAGCUUGAACUGACAAAGAAGUGACUGGACAUAUUUUGAGGCGACUCGACUCACCUCUUGGGAUCCAGAGGCUUGGAUUCUACCUGGACAAAUGUUCACGGUUGAGAAAAGCUGCACGCAUAAUACAUUUUUGGACUGUGUGCGAGGCGCCUCCAAUGUACACAUGCUGACCCCUCUCUGUAAUACUGAAGCAGAAAUACCACAAAAUUCUCCUCACAUUCACCUGGACAUUUUUACUAAUGAGAAUUAAUGAUACAAACAACAUACUCCAUCCAGACAAGUCCGACCACCGUGCAUUUUUUUUUUUUCUAAUUUAGAAGUUAAUUCCAGUGCAGACAAUAUUCUAUCCUUUUUCUAAGGGUACAAUUGGAAUGUAAUUUUUAUUUCAAGUAUGAUGCUUCUUUACACUAGAGGUUGAUAUGCUACUAUUUCAUCUAUUUUCAGCAUCGCAUGAAGGAAAAGAAAAAACUCAACUGGACCUAACAAUCUGAAAAGACACUUAGUGUAGUAGAAUAGUAAAAAGUUAGUGUAACCUUAGCUGAUGUAUUUAAAAACAGUAAACUUGUUUUCUAUUCAUCAGUC